AUGGAUUUAGAUAGCUUAGAACCCAUUAAGAUUUGUGGAAAACAUAUUGAAGAUUACACAAACCAUAACCUAAUCUUCCGAGUUGGCUAUAUAAUUUAUGGGGGAAACAUAGUAUUUUUACUUUCCAAACUGCUUCUACAUCUUGCAUAUGAAAUUAUUUUUCUGGAAAAAAAAAAUUUCAUUAAACUGCAAUCAUUUUGUAUGUCUCAGCUUGAGAGCAGUACUUCCGCCGCAUUGAGCAAGGAAAUUGCGGAGAAUACACAUGAGCUAAGGAAGCUAAUGGGAGACGAACUCCAAGAACUAAACAUGAAAGAGUUGCAGGAACUAGAGAAACUUCUCGGAUCAGGAUUGAGGCGUGUUAGAGAUGCGAAGGGUGAAAUUGUUCUGAAGGAGAUCACCUCUCUUAAGUGGAAGGGAUCCCAAAUGAUGCAAGAAAACAAGCGAUUAAAGCAGGUAAUACUUCGUUAUUUCUACGUCGCUUAG